AUGAGGCUGUUCCUUCCAGCUUAUUCGUUUCUCUUUUCAGAAAUUGGAAUGGCUACCUCGCUUCCUUCCCAACUUCCCGUCCUCAUUACCUUCCUCUUUCUUCUUCUUCUUUCACCUUCAUGCUUUGCCGGUAUUCUCCGGACUUGCCAGUUUGAUGCCAUCUAUCAGCUCGGGGAUUCCAUUUCGGACACUGGAAAUUUGAUCCGAGAGGACCCUUUAUCUCCGUUUGCUAGACCUCCCUACAGUGAAACCUUCUUCGGGAAUGCAACAGGGAGAUGCUCCAAUGGCUUACUAAUGAUCGAUUAUCUAGCUCUAUCUUCUGGAAUCCGCUUCCUUGAGCCCUACCUAAACACGGAUGCACUAUUUACUCGUGGUCGUGGGGUGAAUUUCGCGGUUGCUGGCUCUACUGCUUUGCCUGUGGAAAUUCUAGCUGAGAAUAAAGUUCUAGCUCCUGUUACUAACACUUCUCUUAGUAGGCAGCUUGACUGGAUGUUUACCUAUUUCAAUGGUAUAUGCCACGAUGAUGAAGAUUGUUUCAAGAAACUUAAAACAGCUCUUUUCAUGGUUGGGGAGAUCGGAGGGAAUGAUUAUAAUUAUGCCUUGUUUCAAGGCAAAUCUUUCGGGGAAGUUAGAUCCAUGACACCUAUGGUUAUUCAAGCCAUAAAAGAUGCUGUGACAAGAGUCGUUGGUUAUGGCGCUACACGAGUGGUUGUCCCCGGAAAUUUUCCUGUAGGUUGUUUGCCAAUCUACCUCACAGGAUUCCAAUCCAAUGAUUCCAAUGCUUAUGACAAAUAUCAUUGUCUCAAGGGCUUGAACAAUCUGGCAAUCCAUCAUAAUAACCUUCUCAAACAAGCCAUUGAAGAGUUGAGAAAAGAACUCAAUGUGAUCAUUGUUUAUGGUGACUACUACAAUGCUUACCUGAAGCUUUUGAGCAGAGUUAAAUUACUUGGUUUUGACACCAAAUCAACACAAAAAGCAUGCUGUGGGAUUGGAGGUGAUUACAACUUCAAACUUGACACAAUGUGUGGAGCCCCUGGUGUGCAAGUAUGUCCAAAUCCUGAUCAAUAUAUAAGCUGGGAUGGAGUUAAUUUGACACAGAGAGCUUACAAGUUUAUGACAGGAUGGCUCAUUCGUCACAUCUAUUCGAAACUUCAAUGUGGAGCUUGAGUUAGCUUCUUUUGUUUUAGUAUUAGUUAAUAUGUAUGGUACAUAUUCAACCCAAUUUCCAAAUUUCUCAAGUGAGCUAAGAU